AUGAUUCCAGUUCAGAAGGACUUUGAAUUCAAUCGAAGACAGACAUUGAUAACAUCUUUAGAGAACCAGCUAAACGCUUUCUUGCCUUCUCUUAAGACUUUUGCUCAUACUAAGAAAAUGAAUGCACUAACAUUUCUCUCUUACGUCGUGAGACUGACAGCAAGGGUCUUUCUAUAUGCUAUUGUUGUACGAUAUUUGAAACUACAUGCGAGAGCAUUUGUACUCACAGCUGUCGGUCAAGAUUUGACAUGCUCAGCAUCAGCCAGUAUAAAGCUCGUAGACGUCGCGUCAAAACAAUCCAUCGAAGCUGACUGGGCAGUGAAGAAGCCGACUAACCCCCACUACUUUCCCCCGGUCAAGAUAGACUGGGGGAGGAGGAGAGGAAUAUAG